AUGACUAGCAAUGCUGAGGGCCGAAAGCCAGAAAGAGAAGUGGUCGAUGAGCACAAGCGAGGCCUGAAUAGCGACGAUAGCGUAGAUGAGGCGCGUGAGCACCUUGCGGGCGAAGACCGUAUGCUCUUCUACAGCUUCCGACAGAUAGUAAAGCCCACUAGCUAUGAGGCUUCAAUCACAGGGGUCGAUGGUGGCAUGGGUAUACGUACCAAUGGCAAGAGUCAGGAAACAAAAGCCCACUAUUACACCAAGAUAGCCCACCAGGGUUACUGGAAUGAUGCGAAUCCAAUGGGAUCAAGAGGAUUUCCGGUGAUAUGA